GUUGGUUUCAACCAUUUUGAAGUGCAAGACAUUUCAGAUGAAGCCUGAUUGUUUAUGCGCCACGGUUGCAACCGAGUGCAGCGAAUUUGGACCGUCUGCGUCUCCGAGGCUUGAACUUUAAACGGUUUAAGGUCCUUGAAAGUCAGCUAAAUAUCUGUCCUGCUUGUGAUGAGCGUAUGCAAAUGCCUAGCGUAACGCGAUUGCAAAACGAAGAAAUGAUGGAAUCGCUCAAUAACAUUCAUAACAUGGAGAAGAAUUCUUCGUUGACCAAACUUUUGACCGGAGAAUUUUGCACUGCUUUGUAUGAUUACGAAGCGGCAGACGACGACGAACUAACAUUUAGUUCAAGCGAUCGGAUUGAAAUUCUAUCGAAAGAAUCCGAAGUUAGCGGCGACGAAGGAUGGUGGGUUGGGCGAGUUGAAGGACAACCAAGAAUUGGUUUGUUUCCGUCGAAUUAUAUCACGACUUUUACAGAUAAUGGCCAGCGAAGUAGUUUAAGCGAACCUCUGGAGAUAGAUUUCCAAGAAAUCGACCUGAUCGAUGUUAUCGGCGUCGGGGCCUUCGGCAAAGUUUAUCGAGCGAUUUGGCGAGAGGAAGAAGUUGCCGUGAAAGUUGCCCGCACAGAAAACUAUCAAGACUACACCGAGAUCGUGGAAGAUGUCAAAAAAGAAGCGAAAUUGUUUUCUAUUUUCAGGCAUCGUAAUAUUGUGGGCUUAUUUGGUGUUUGUUUGAAGGAACCCAAUUUGUGUUUGGUCCUCGAAUACGCUCGCGGCGGAGCACUGUCUCGAGUGUUGAGCACUCACGGCCGCACUAUACCUCCAUCAGUAUUAUUAGACUGGGCUAUCCAGAUUGCUCGUGGGAUGUAUUACCUACAUAAUGAAGCACCUUUGAGUAUUAUACAUCGGGAUCUCAAGUCUGGCAAUAGUGAGUAUUGCGAUCUUUUUUUAUUUUGGUUUUGUAGUGUAGUGAAAUUAACUGUGUUUUCGUAUCGGCGCUUUCCGCACCGUGGACAGAAAGGCGAUUGUUUUGCACGAACGAACAUUAUCAUUACCAUUAUAAAUUUUUCAUGCAUAUUAGGUUUUAAUGAUACCAAGGGCCUUUAGAAAUUGUUGCGACCAGUUCGAUGAUCUCUUUUUGUCCGAUCGGGAAUUAAAAAUAGCGUUUAUAUAGAAUGCCCUAAACAGUUCCUUUCAAUGUUGGGGAAUUUUCCAGUGUUUGUCCGUGACGAUGUCUUUUGUUUUUGAAUACUGUUUGCCUCCUGAAAACAAAAAUAUUGCAUAAAUAUAUUUGGAGGUUCGUUCUGGUAAUACGUGAAUCACGAUGACUUGUAAAGGAAAUUUCCACUGCUUUUUUUCUUCCUAGACGACUGUAGACAGGAAGUGAAAAAAUUAAUCUGGUUAUAUGUGAUAAAAAUGUGUUCCAUUACUGUUGCACAUUAAAAUAUAACAUAUUUACACACUGUUUGCACUUGCUGUCAUCUAAAUUUAAACUUUUUAUCGGGUUAUGAAGGAUAAAUUCGACCGCCAUUUUAAAAUAACAACCUUUGUAUUGUGUUAAAUAUCUGAGCAAAAGACACGAAAUGUUGCGUACUCCUAAAAGGACAGUCAAUUUUUUGGCUUGAAAUUGGGUCCUUCCAGAAGGCACUAAAGUUAUUAAUUCUGGACACGUUUUUUUAAGAAGGCGAUAUAGUUUAUCGUUAUAGCUGGGUGCUAUGAUAUGAAGAUCAUGUAAACUGACAUUCGACCCAAGGUUACUUUGGUGGCACAUUGCAUAAUGCAAUUACCACUUCAAAGAUUUUUAACCCCGCAUUUCUGCAUUACUUCUGAUUUCCGACUUCUCUGUACAUCAAGAUUGUACCUUUUAGCCUUCAUGUUUGUCUUAUCUUGAGUCAUGGUACAAAACUGUUUUCCUCACAUGUAGAAACUGUUCAUGUUUUUUGCCUACUUGCCAGCACUCGCUUUACCUUGUGGGGUCCAGUUCAUAUUAAUGUUGCCAAAUUCACGUCAGCUUUGAUUGCAUCAAAAUAAAUGAAUUACGUCUUAUUUUAUGAGAGUGACAUGUUUGUUUUUCUUUGCAAGAAAGUUGGAUAAAACUAAUAUGAAUACAGAAAAACUAGAGGAUUUAAUGAUUGUAAUGUUGAGCUGCUUGCAUUGGUAUGGUGUCAUGCAUAAGUUGUAGUAAUUGAAAAUGGAUUUUAAGUGCAGAAUUAAUCCCAGCAAUUGUAAUAAUUAUAGUUAACUGUUAUUCACACAAACCUUAAAACUCAUAUUCCUCAGGAAAACUCUCAUAAGGUGACAGGCGUUCAUUUUUCGGUGGUGUGAUUUGUAACUUAAUACAUACUUAUUUUAGGGACCUAAAAAAAUCAUAGUUGAUGAUGCCAAGGAAAUUGGCUUCUGAAAAAAGGAAUUUGUGUACUUUAGUCCUUUCAUAGUGAUAGUGUGUUCAGUAAUAUUUUCUCAUUGGGUCACUCAAGGGUAUGGGUUUUAUUUAUGACCUAUUCUGUUGGUAGAUCAACCAAGCUUCACUUUUACUCUUUUUUAGCUAGUUAAGUGGUUAAAUUUUGCACUAUUUUUCUGAGGAAAAGAUUCAUGUCUUUGAAUCAGCCUUCGAAGACAGAAUCCAGUACAUCUCCCUCUAUUUAUUAUAGGCUUAUGAACUUCGUUGUAAUUUUUGUAUGUGUUUUGGUAUAGCUAAGUGUGGGGUAGUUCUUCUGAUAGUGUGUGACGAAUAUCAGGAAAAAAUUGUGCAGAGUUUUUGUAUGUGCAUUUCAGGAGCUCGCAUUAUAGAUUAAUAAGGGUUGCUUUCAUUUAACCCAAAAUUCCGGAAAUUUCGGUUGGUACAUCAAAUGGAACGGACCAUUUCGGUUUGGUCUGACUGGAAUAUUCGGGACCAGCUUUGAAAGUGGUCCACUUUGACUGGUCUGGUCAAUUUGGUCGGUCGGACCGAAUUGUCCCUUUCUAUUUGACAAAAUUGUUGUCCCCGGUAUAUGUACCACUCUUUGGUAUCCUGCUUACAAGAACAAUAACCAAAUGCGCGGUGGCUUAGUUUGGGUCUGUGCAACUGGAAUGUAACGUUCCAUUGGACACGUGGAAUUUCUGAAAUGUGAAACCGGAAUUUUUGUUGAAUGGAAAGCGCCCAAGGUCUACGGUCAACUCGGUCUUAAAAAACACAUGUAUAAGAUGGCCACCUACAGUUGGUCCCUGCCUUUCUUUACUCCCUUUAUUUGACUCUUUAUAAGACAGACACUUAAUACUGGUCCCAAAGUUGUCCGUGUUAGGAACAGUUGACUGUAUGUUGUGUACGAGGCAAAUGUUUAGGUGUUUCUAUAGUAGGUUAGGAGUAGAACACUUAAAAGUCAUUAGGUUUACAUCAACGUUACAAUGAUUCAGAAGCUUUGCAUGAUUUUUCCAAAGCUACAUGUAAAUGACUUUAGUUUGUAAAGAUUUGGUGAAGAUAAUGCAGAUUUUAAUAAUAAUAAUAACAGGAUUAUUAAUUAGAGAUUAUGCAAUACAGAUUAUUCAAUUAGAUGUGAUUCAAGAACACUAAGGGCUUUUGAUAUCCUAAACAGGUGUUACUUUGCUGAGUUAUUGCACAAAGUGGCAUCUUUGUAUAAUUUUAAAAGCCCUGUGAUGCUGGAUCUAUUACAUCUGAAACCACCACAAUCAAUAGCACCUAUAAGUAUUGAAUAAUCUCUCCUGUGUAAAGUUUGACACAAGUGCAUGGUCUAUUUUACUGUUCUAUUUCCACCUCAGCUAGCUAUUAUUAUUAUUAUUGUUAUUAUUAUUAUUAUUAUUAUUAUUAUUAUGAGCUCCCUUGGCGUUUUUUCCGACGAAUGCUCCACGUUCUUAGACAUGAUGAAUGACAUUGGCAUUGACAAAAAGCAGCAACAUUAUAUAAUCAAAAAGAUGGUAAAUAUAGCCAUUAGAUCAACAUAUUUCAUCUUUUGUUGUAGAAAUAGGAAUUGGGAUAGCCCAGACUAAAUGCAAUUUUGAUUUUUUUUAAAUUUCAUUUUUUAAUUUAUUAUUAUUAUUAUUAUUAUUAUUUUAUAAUUCAAUCUCAAGCAGCCAAUUGUAAUUGCCUAUACGUAGCAAGAUUUACAAUUUAUUGUACUUUCAAAAAACAGAAAUAAAGUUUCCAUUACUAUUAUUAUUAUUAUUAUUAUUUAUAAAUACAGUUCGAUCCUCUGUCUUGCCUUUGAUAGCCGUCCAUUCAAUUCAUGAUUAUAGAUUUUUAUUUCUUGUAUUUAAAACACUGGUCAGCCAAGGUCAUCCCUUGUCAUUCCUCACCUGACAAUUUUAUUGCAUCAGAACAUUUCUCGAAUAAAGCACAUGACAAUAGCUAGGGUUUAAACACUGUACUUUCAUUACCUAAAAAUACCACCAAUUAAAAAAUCAAAUCUUUUGUCUUCCUUAAUUUCGUUUUUGUUGAAAUUAAUGUCAUAAAACAAAGAGAAUAUUGUAACUGGUUAUGGCUGUGCAGUGUCUCGGCAGUUCAAGUGUACCAAGCAAUAAUACUGCCAAAGAGAUUUGAGGUGGUUUGUGUCACCUUAGGAUACCACAUACAAACUCAAAAGUUAGAAGUGCUUUUCGUGUCCUUGUUCACUGUUAUUGAAAAGUGGUUUUGACAACCGGUGUAAGGUCAAAUUUUCGUCUGAAUUCUGCUCUCAGUUUUAAAAUUAAAACCAAUGAGUAAGUAAGUUUUUGAUUCAUUAGCUGCUUAGUAGUUACUGGGGUAAUUGUUUUGCCUGCAGUAUCACAUCUGCCGUACACACUUAACUGUAUUUCUGUCCUCUUAACCGUUCUUAAGUUACAGAUCUUCAUUUCAUACAGUUUGCGCCAACAGAACACUUGCUCUUACCGUUGUUUCUUUUUUCAUAUUACCAUUGAAUAACAAUAGUUAAUUAAAGCACGUAUUAUUUCAUAUGUAGACAAAUGUCAUGUUGUGGCUCAAUUUUAUCCUUGGUUUAAAUUUUGCCUUCCCUUGGUUUCCAACUCAUUAUCAUACAUUACCAUUCCCAAAAAUGAACGGAUGCAAACAAAAUUAAAACAAAGGAUAGAUUUUAGCCAAGAGAUGGACUUGUAACUUUAUAUGUGCUCAGUAGUGUAUUGGUUUGCCUCUUGCUUGUAGGGUUUUUUUAAUCGUAGUAUUUUAAAUUUGAUUAUUAAUUAAUGAUUAUUUUAAUGUGCCUUCACUGAUAACAAAGUAUUUUUUCCAAUUUACUGGAAAGUUCCCACAGCAAGGCUGUGCACUAAGAAAACUUGAAGAGAGCCCCGUACUUUGAACCUGUGUAAUUCAGGGUGCUCAGCAUAGGAUUUUUGUGGCAAAACUAGGAUUUUCUUGGCACCUAGCAACAAAAGUUAGAUGUUAGAGGCCACUGGGCUGUGCUACAGCACAGCCUUAUCAUCCUUGGUUUGAGUUCUAUUUUUCCUUUUUUUCUAUCUUAUUAUCAUUCAUUAGCAUUUUGGAGUCCAUUUGCAUUACAACAACUCAAUAGCUUUCUGGCUUUUCUCUCCUCCCGUGGUGACCUUGGGCGCUUUCCAUUUAGUCAAAAUUUCCGGAAUUUCCGGUUCGGCGGUAAAUGGAACACGUUUCGUCGGUUCGUCCCACUGGAAAAUUCCCAGAAAAAGUGGAAAAUCUAAAAAGGUGGUCCCGUUUUCCCGGUUGGAAUUUCCGAACGGAAUGUCGUGUUCCAUUGACGUUUCUUGUAGCUUGUACCAGUUCCAGGUCCACGAUCGGGCACCCGGCCACGUACCGGGGUUUACGACCAAAUGGAACAACUUUUUACCGAUCGGAAAUUCCACUUUUGCUACCACCGAAAUUUCCGGGUUUUUUUCGUAAAUGGAAAGCGCCCCUUCUCUGCAGAGUCUCUCAUUUCCAUUGUUUAAGUGUUGCUUAUUGUCACCCAAGAAAACUAGCCUGCAUCGCAGAUGUAAUCUAACCCCAGUUAGUAACGUCUGUGAAGCAGCGCUGAUGUCCUUGUUCUGGACCUUCAACAACCUCAAUGAAUUACCAGAAAUGCAUUUCGAAUUUCCUUUCCACCCGAUUGACAAUUUGACAAUGGCUUUUUUAACAGACCAAUCAUAGAUCGCACUCAAAUCCUGGUACACAAGUGGGGGGCCAGAACAAGGAUUUUGGCGCUGUUUCGCUGACAGACUCAACCAGAAGUUAAAUUCUAUCUGUGGCGCAGGCUACAGAAAACAAUGUCAAGAAAUGACAUAAUUAGUCCAUUUUUAUUGUAAGCAUUUUACUUUCUGGAGCAAAUUUAUCUUCCAUUUGUUCUAGAACUGGAACAACAGUCAAUCAAAAGGAAAUUCUAGAUGUCCAGAAUAGAUGCGCAAGGUCAAUUGUACGCUCCCUGAGACAACUUUGAUUCAUGUCCAUUCCACAUCAAUUAAGGGUUUCAACAGAUAGGGCAGUGGUGAGAGCAGCGCUUGCCUCCCACCAAUGUUGCCCGGGUUCAAAUUCUGGCAUCAACGGUUUAGUUUGUUGUUGGUUCUCUCCUUUCUCCGAGAGGUUUUUCUCCGGGUACUCACUCCUGUUUUUCCUUCUCCCCAAAAACCACCAUUUCCAAAUUCCAAUUUGACCAGGAAUCAGGUAGACGAAGAACCACUUUUUGGAUGUGCUACCUCCAAAUCAUCAUCAUCAUCAUCAUUAUUAUUAUUAUUAUUAUUAUUAUUAGUAAUUACUUGGAGCUGUAAUCAGGAAUUUUACAUUUCCCGUUGUGUAUUCUUAUAAAAUUGUCAUUUUCCUUCUUUUUCAGUUUUGCUUCUAAAUAAGAUUGAAGAUGGAAAUUUUGAAAAUGUAUUAAAAAUAACAGAUUUUGGACUAGCCAGAGAAAUAGUUACAACGACAAGAAUGAGUGCAGCCGGAACUUAUGCUUGGAUGGCACCAGAGGUGAUAAGAACAAAUACAUUCUCCAAAGGUAGUGACGUAUGGAGGUAAGUAUUAGAACUGUAUGUUGUUUACAGUGCAAUGAUCUCAACUGGGGCCACUAACAAGCUAAAACGUAAACAAAUUUCAAUUUUUUUGGUGGCCAACAAACUAACAAAGUCAGACCCUUUAGUUUUGAACUGGACUUGCGGCUGUGAUUAAUGUUGGGUGGCCUCAGUGGAGUUCAUGCACUGUAACACCUCAUAACCAAUCAUCUGAGCUAACUGGAUUGUUCCAACGGACUAUUUGUCAGUAAUACUUGCAUUGUACAACAAUGCAGGUGUCUUUUACAAUGUUUGAUAGUGCAUGUAUUUUCAAACUCCACCGUGAUUUCUUGUGUUGGAUGCUUUUAUUGACUGUUUGCCCCUGACAGACCCAGUGACAUUAUAUUCCUAUCAAUCCUGCUGUGUCUGUGAAGACGGCAGAUUUUGUGAAUUUAAGUCUACAAAAGAAAAAUACUUGAAAUGGCCUGUGAUGUCUUGUCGAAUUUUCCCCUUGGUUCGUGAGUCGACACAAGGCAACUUGAAAGGAAACUCAAUUUGUUUAACAUAAGUCAGUUAGGGCUUUUUUUCCAGGAACUCACUCACUAAUAAGCUGGUUUUUCCUUCUUUUGUGUUGCUGUUGGUAUAGUGUUUUAAGCCAGUAAGAAAACAUAGUACAAGUGACUUCUGAUCUCCUGUAAAAUUCUCCCCUUUUAUACACUACAAAGGAGAAUCUCUCACUUUAUCAGAUGUCAGGAACCCACUUACCAGCAAGUGUUGUCAUAUUUUAUUUCAGUUUCGGUGUAGUAUUAUGGGAACUACUUACUGGACAAGUUCCUUACAGAGAUGUAGAACCUCUUGCUGUAGCGUACGGUGUAGCUAUGAACAGCUUAACAUUACCCAUACCAAGUACUUGUCCAGAUUUCUUUAAAGAACUGAUGAAAGGUAUGAAGAUCGGGUGUGUUUGUAUGAAAUAAUCCUGAUCAGGAUUUAUGAUCCAAGAUGACGCAGAUCAUGACAUCAAAGUACCUGAAUGAAUUCUUGUUGGGAAUUAGGGGUUGCCUUUGAUGCACCGCGAUCCUAGUGAUGUUCGAUCAUAAAUCCUGAUCCGGAUCAUUCCAAAGGAACGCACCUGUGCAUAGAGUAAGUUUAUGUUUCAUUUAUUUUUUAAUUUAGGCAUUGUGGUCAUCUUGUUCUUAAUUACACAUUCACCUCCCCUUGAAAAUUGAAAUGGACACCAAGGGUUGGUUCCUGGCAUUCUUCAGUUGAAGGGUUUUCCCUCAAUAUUUUCCUUUUGGAAAAGGACUCUUUUAACCAAAUGUUGAGGUUCCCAUGGGAUAGUGGGGUUCCUAAAUUUCAGAGAAAAGUAAAUAAAAAAUUAUUGGGCCAGUUUUGUAUUAAUGGUCACUUAAACCUGAGAAAAUGAGUUGAUUGGUUGAGGUAUUUCUCAAUAGUUCACAAAACCUGUGGUCGUAAAGAUGCAAUAGAAAAUAGUACUAAUUGCUUCAGUUCUAAACUAUCAUUAGUAAACUACCACCAUAAACAACGUGGGUAUGGGAGGACCCUUUCUCCUAACAGUUUGGCUUCCCUUUUUGCAUCUCUAACACAUAUUUGCAUGUCAGGUAAAAACACAAGUUGUUAUCUUUAACCCUCGAAGACAGCUGUCCAUCUGAAAAGUUCCAGUCCAGACUGUGUCCAUUUUAGGAAACGUUUACUAAAAAUAACAACUCCUUAACCUUUCUUGUAGAUUGUUGGCAGCAGGAUGCCCACAAAAGACCAUCUUUUCAGGGAAUUCUUGAAGAUCUUGAAGAAAUUUCUGAUUCUUCAUUUGCGCAAGAUGAUCAAGGUUCCUUCCGCACUUUACAGGAUGGCUGGCAAACAGAAAUUGAACAGAUAUUUGACGAGCUUCGGAAGAAGGAAAAGGUACUUAAUCAUGAUUUUAUAAAUUUAAUUAAAUCUUCCUAUAAAAAAUUAUCAUCAGGUUGUUAGGAAAUUGAUGUUUUCACUAGAGAUGCAAGCAUAAUGCGGGGACAAGCAAAUGGCGAAGGAAUUUCAAGUUCAAGAAAAGCAAAAAAAAUGAUUCUUGAGCUUAUUCUUGCAUCUUGGCCAUUUGCCCUUGGAGAAAUAUUUUGAAUAAAUAAUAAGGCUUGUUAUUAAUGUAAGCUAGUGCUUGCAUGGUUAGCGAAAACCAGGCAAAAAGUAAAUAUUGUGCAAGUUCACAUUAAGCUUUUUUUCUUAUUAGCCUUCCCUGUAUAUUUAUUUAUUGCUGUAGCUAAAAGAAUUUGAUCUAGAUGCCGUUUGAUAUUUACUGUCCUCAGAAUGAAUAUUAUUUCCUAAAUUUGUUUGCACCUAAGGGAUGUACCCAUGCAUAUUAAUUACCAUUAAUGUUAUUCUGUACUAGAUACUUUCACAUGUAGAUUUGUGAAAAAGUAAUAGUUUAGUAAACUUUAGGUACAUGCACAAUUUUGUCAUUUACUCAGUAUGGGUUUGCAUUCUAUAAAUAAAUGUAUUUCUUAAAUCAGGAGUGUGGACUCAAGCAGAAACAGUAUAAAAACUCACAUAAUAAUACAAGAAUGACAUUUCACUGGUAAACAUUUGCAUGAAAAUAGUUUAUGUCUAAGCUAAAAAGGUAUAAAAAUAAAAAUAUGACUCUGCAUACGAAACUUGUACCAUUAAGGCUAUUCUUUCUGAUAAGAGCAAAAUGUACAGAAUUGUCUUUAAUAUUUUUAAUUUUUUAAUUUUUCUCAGAAUGAUCACAAGGCAGUGCUCUAGCAGUACCCAAUCAGCCCUGGUGCUUAACUUUUGCUCCUGGGCAACUAGAAAAUUCUGUUUUUUUUCAUAAAAAUAAUUUGAUAGGUACCCUGGAUUUCAUAACAUGUUUUCUGUUAGAGCACAGCCUAGUGUUGUCAGGCAGGCAUUUGUUUUAGUGUAUGCUUCAACAUUUGUAUUGCAUACGGAUUGCAUAACUUUUGUGGCCUUGCAUUAGCAUUUUGUACUUUAAAUGCAUCAUUUUCUUUGGCUUAAUUCUCAUAGGCAAUAGCUCUGAAUAAAUGAACAUGCAUAAAUUUCUACAUUUUUUGUACAUUUAUUUUGCCAUUUUUUUUUAGGAAUUGUCAUCCCGAGAGGAUGAACUCAGACAAAUAAAAGAGGCCCAAGAUGUUCAUGCCGAGAGCUUGAAAAAAAGGGAAGAAGAACUCGCUCAAAGGGAAAUGCUUCUUCUUGGUCGAGAGAUUAGCAUGCUUAUAUAUGUAUGAUUAUUUAUUUAUUUAUAUUAAUACUCUCUGAGGAUGUCAAAACUGCUAACUCUUUCACUCAUGAAAAGACUAAUUUCAUGUCAUGAAAUAUUCAUUUGAUUCACUGACUGACUAUUUGACAUUGCAUCCAUUGUGUUGGUGUCCCAAACUAAUGCUGUUAAAUUUCAACCUUUUCCUCAUGGACAAAUUUUCUUUUUUUCCAAUAAAUUUGCAUAGCUGGUGGUCAUGUGAGUGAAGAGGCUCCUUAGGUUUUUAUCCAGACUCAAAAAGUUAGAACCUGAAAAUACAGCAUAAUAAAUAGUACUAUUCACUGAAAAUUCUACCACGUACUUUAAAGUUGCAACAAUUCUAUGACAUGUCAUCAUACUUUGCUCAAAUGAUGGAUUUUUUUGUCCAAAGAUGAGUUUUGAGUGUGUUCAUGAAAAUAGUAUUGAGAUUUAUCUUCUUGUUCAAAUGGAUUUUCUAUAACUUGUGUUAAUUGUAUUCUUUUAUAUUGCUUUUCAGCAACAAAAGCUUCAGAAACCAUCCCCCAAGAAGCGCAAAGGACACUUCUUCAAACUUAGGUUUGGAAGUGGGCGAAAGAUCAGUGCUCCUACAGGUAUGCAUCAAACUUUACUUUCUUGGAAAUAAAAUUUCCAUCUUACUUUUGAACCGUUGUUAGAAGAAAUGAUUAGAUCAAAGGAGAGUGAUGUUUUUUAACUCAGGAAAAAUCUGAGUUCUCCCAGCAGGACUCGAACCUGUGACCUUCAGGUUAUAGGUCUAGAUGCUCUACCAUAAAGCUACACAAGAUUUGGCCAUUAAACCAGGUUCAUGUAAAAAACAUCCCGCUUACUGCUAUGAUUGAAAUGUUGAUAGGUGACAUAUUUGUUGUGAUAUGAAUAGUGAUAUGGUGAAUGAGUUAAAAAUUAUCUUUUCUUUCUUUCUCAGUCAGUGGCACAGGCAACUGUGAAUGAAAGAAAUAUUGAAAAUGUAUUUUGGUCUUUGCUAGGGUUCCAGCACAGAUUUACUAUCACAUCAGACAUCUUUGAUUCCAACACAUCUCUUGAUGGAACAACAAGUGUUGGGCCCCCAUCAUCCCCUGCUGUUCAUCAAAGAUUCAGACUUCUCUCAUGUAAGCAUACUUGAAUCAUAUUAUUUUAGCCUUCAUAACAAAAGUGAUUUAUGCUGGUAUAAACUUGACUCUUGAGGUCCCAAGGGUGACCAACAUCAGUUUUCUCCCAACGUUUUCAAUACAAAACCAAGAAAAAAGGUUAUGACAAUUUAUGAAAUAAUCACCAAAGGGAAAGUGCAUUGAUCUUGUAUCAUAUUCUCUCAACUUAUUCUGUGAGAAAAUGUAUGGAAAUCAGUUAGGAGAAUUUGUAUGCUAAUAUUUAGCAAUCAAUGAAUGAGGCUGAGUAGGAUAUGAAGAAUUAAGCAGAUGAAGGAGGGUGUUAUCCACAGAGGCAGAAGGCUGCUGUAGUUCUUACUCUUGAAACGAGUUAAGUGUCCGCCAUUUUAGUUUUCGCAACGAAAACAACUCAAUCUCAUCCCCAGGUCUUCUUGGUUAACGGUGCAUUAACCUGUAGAAGGCUGCAUUUUUGACGUCAUUUCCUCGUUAAACACAAAAUUCUUCCAAAUUUGGUCAUCAGUAACUGGUUAUGGUGAAUUAUGCGCGUGCUUUUAGCCAAUCAGAAUUGGGGAAAUAUUUUGAAUGAAUAAUAACAGGGCUUAAAGGGUGGUGUCACGAAAUGUUCCCUGCUGGUAGAGGUCACCUCUGCUAGUAAGGAACGCUAAGCGUGGCUUUUCUGAGGCUACCUGCAGCAGUUAACGACCGUAGACGACCUUGUGUUGAUUGUUGUUGAACUUAGUGUUACUCUUAAUUCUUUUCAGUUGAUGGCAAUGGUGAAGUACCAGAGGGGGUCCCCAUUAGCCCUCCGGAGAAAAACAAGAAAAUUCGGACCUGGGGUCCUAGUUCCGUUCACCAGCGAGACAGAGAAAAGAGUAGACCGCGAGUCAAGGCAAAGGAUCGCUUUAUGGCUGAAAGGUGCAACUCGGUGCCAAAUUUGGGAACACAGGUUAUCCAACCUCCAGGUAAUACUGUUGUUUAACGUCAGCACUAUGAAAUAAAUUGAAGUAGGUUGGGGGGUGGGGGUGGGGGUGGGGGAGAGGGGCAGAGAGUCAUAUAGACCAUAGAAGGAUUAGGGUUUGUUAGCACGAGGACAACACGAUUUGCACUUGAAAAGCAGAAAAGAAGGUUUGUCACCUGCAGCUUCGUUUCUAUUCAAAGGCCAGGGCACUGAGCACACAAUUGUAUAAUGGCCUAUAGGUCUAGGGCACAGUCCUUCCCGUUCAAGAGUGGAUUACCCUCCCACCCCCUUUCUUACGGCCUUGAACGGUGAAAGGAGAACCAGGUCAUUUUACAGUGGCGUCUUCCUGUCUUUUGGAAGUGGUACACUAGAGUUAGUUCAAAUUUGGGACUUACAGAGUUGGUGCCUUUUCCAACCGUCAUAAGAAGCAACUUUCCUGGCAGAGAAUUUCUGAGAAGGGUCUUUAAUCUUUAUAUUGAACAUUCGAUUGGAGUAGAAUUCCAACGACACUUUGUAGCCUGUGUGGCAGGCGUUCAAAGGAGAAAUAGAAGGUGGAAUUCGGGCGCGCAAGGUCAGGACUUACUUACGGACCCGUCCCCCAAGAUAAAAUAGGGAGCUUAAGAUGAGAGGAUGUCGAUGGCAGUGAAAACGUCGCUUAAAAAGUGAAUUCAAGUUUUAAAAUCUUAUCGGGGUUAUACCAAUGUACCUACUUUGCCAAUUGUAAGCAAACUCCGUCAAUGUUGAAUUCCUAAGAACCAUAUCCAAGUCCAUAAAGAACAAGAAAAUUUCGUCGUCGCUUGUUGACGUCCUCCAUAAAAUGUGAAGUUAGGCAUUUUCACGUUGUAGUUGUUUAGUGAGGACAAAGAACUGUCCAAAAAAGCGUAAUGAACAUGCAAAGUUGUUUUGCUCAUUAACAACCUAUUGCUUUUUUGACGUUCUCGUGGCCAUCGCUGUCGUCGCAUCUUAAGGUCCUUAUAGCAAAGUUCCAAGUUGAAUAUUUUAUGUUUAGACUGUUUAGGAAAACGUCUGCUGACGGCCACCUCGUUACAGCGGCCUCUUUCCUCUGUCCCCUCUGUGUCGAUGUUUUGACUGUAUUGCUUUAUCCGGUUUUGUAAGAUACAAUUUUCUGUCCAUUUAGGUGUCUCAGGUAAACACACAACUUCCGAAAACAGUGCUGUGACUAGUCCUAAGACUUCGACAAAAGGGAAGUGUAAGCACCGCUGCGAGGCAGCUGUUUGUAGUGUAGGCAUCAUGGCGGCCGUUGUAGCUUUAGGGGCAGACUUGGGUAAGUGUGCGAAGGAUUUACGACCGGAACUGAUGAGGUUAUCGUCAAAAUCAGACAAGCAUAAAUCGCCAAAUUCACGACGUCGAAACGAAGUCGGCGGAAAUCGUCGAUCGUGGUUCGGUAGUUCAUUUUCAACUGAUGAUUCGGUGUUCAGCGCUAACCACGCCCCAUCCACGACAAGUCCUCGGGCCGAUCAGGACAUUACUGGCUUUGGCCCGAAUAAGCGGCCUUUGUCGACUCCAGUUCUAUUGAAGGCGACUUUCUAUCGCGGAGAGAGUCAACGGCCGACCACAUUCGUGGAGCCGAACUGUAACCGACGUCGAUCUUCGUCGACUUUGAGUCCGGACUCACCCGAUCCCCUAGAUCAAGAACUCAUCGACUUAAGAUCUGAAAGGCGCGAUCGGAGAGCAAGAUCGGUGGACUCUUCGGAGCUCCACAGAAUCAACAUUUCCACCGACAGUUUAACGAGCUCGUCGGAUAACUUGUCGACAAAUACGGUGGUGAACUGUAAUCGUUAUUCACAAGGUCUUACAGACCUGGACAUUUAUAAACUGCCUCCCCCACCUUUCUCUCCACGGGGGGCAAGCUCCCCGCGGGGGACAAGUUCUCCCAGGCCGGACUGUAAUGCCAUGGAACUUUCACCAACGAAGUUUAACUUUCCUGUCGGUGAACCUAUUGGGGCGGCUCGCCCUCGUCCAAGACCCUGGCAGGACAGCUUAAGUCCUUCGCCGUCAUCUUCGGAUCAAAGUCCGACCAGCGAACAAGAUAAAUUGACUCUUUUGGACGUUCACAUGGAAGGGGAGUCACACGACAAGACACAGCCGCUGCUUAAAGCGGAAACGGUGUUAAAAAUGCCGACGUUUGAGGAACUUCAGAAAGAAUUUGUUGGUAGCUGA